UACCAGCUGAGUCAGUCAUUCUCCCGCGGUCUGCGUCAACAUCAGACUCAUUUCGGUCUUUACGCGCACGCUGAUAAUAUAAACACGACGAGUAAUAACAUACACAAUAAUUGUCUUGCAAUAUUUUCGCGUUGAUUUUUCGACGAACAAUCGGAAAGAUGGAUACUAAAAUCUUCAUGCUGCUUGUUUUCAUCGGUGUCCUAGGAUCCUUUAUGGAGGCUCAAGCAGCCUAUGUUGGUUAUCCUCAAGCUUAUGGAAAUGGACCACAACCACGUGGACUACGUGGAUCAACGUCGGUCAAUUUCGACGAGAUGUCAAGGUCAAAGCGAGAAAUCGGUGAUUCGAAUGGUGAGACUACCACCAGUCAAGCAACUACGACUCCCUCGUCGACUACAUCAUCAUCGACCACACCGUCAUCCACUACACCAUCAUCAACCACACCAUCAUCGACCACACCACCAUCGACCACACCAUCAUCGACCACACCAUCAUCGACCACACCAUCAUCGACCACACCAUCAUCAACGUCGCCUACGACUCCAUCUACCACUCCAACCACCACACCCACAACCACUACGACGGAGGCGACAUCUCCUACUACUACUCCGACAUCUACUUCCGUUACCACCCCCACGAGCACUUCCGUUACUACUCCGUCCACCACAAGUCCUACAACACCCAGCACGACAACUCCAGAAAGCACAAAAUCAACGUCCAAGCCGAAGAAAUCAACGGAUAAUGAUGUUCAGACGCGCUCGAAUUUCGAUGAACCUGGAUCUGAAAAGAAACCUGGAUCACAGUCCAAGGACGACAAAGCACCAACUCCUGGACCAAACUUUGGCCCAGGCGGACCCGGUUUUGGUCCAGGUGGUUUCAAUCCCUUUGGUUAUCCCGGAUUCAACUCUAUACCAGGUCCCGGUCCGAAUUACGCGUGGACCGGUACGAACAACGGGCCAGGAUACGCAUCCGCGGGUGCGUCAGCCGGGAGUUUUGCAGGAGGAUAUCCAGGAUUUCCUGGACCGGGAGCUGGAUAUCCGGGACAAGGAUUUCCACAACAAGGAUAUCCACGACAGGGAUAUCCAGGACAAGGAUUUCCGGGACAAGGAUUUCCAAGACCGGGAUUUCCAGGACCAGGAUUUCCAAGACCAGGAUUUCCAGGACCGGAAUAUCCAAGACCAGGAUAUCCAGAACCGGGGAAUCCGAUGAAUGGACAACAAACUACGCCCACGACAUCCACGACUACUACGACCACGGCGGAGCCGCCGUCUGUCAAUAUUCGAGGAGGAUUUGAGGAUAACUCACCAAGCCAGAGCACAACGCCAAAUUACAACGGAAUAGAUCCCUUGUAUAACUCUGGACCAGGAUUUUUCUUCCCAGGACAGUUCCCUCAUUUCAAUGAUCCUGGUUUUGACAUGUUUAGACAGAUUCAGGCCCAAAUCGAGGCGCAGCAUCAGGCUAACAUGGAACUUCAUAAUCGUUUGGCCAACGAUGCCGCUAAUUACGGCGGCGGAAAUUACGGUGGCGGAAGUUAUGGUGGCGGUGUACCACAGGUUGCGUCUGCCAGCGUUGGUUUUGGUCCAGGUGGUGGUUUCCAAACCGGCCAGAUCAGUCCCGCUGCGCCAGGAAUAGAGUCCAGAUUCGCUGAAGAUCUUCCAGCUCCGUCUGGUAACAGCUUUGGAGUGUUUGCCAGUUCCAGUUCUUCCAGCAUGACCGGUCCAGAUGGCAGACCAAUCAACCAUAAAUCGUCUAUCACCGGUGUUAACGAUAAUGGAAAGAUUUCUUAUCGCACGGUGCACGACUAAUUUCGUCUUUGAUUGUGAUUUUCACAUAUCGUACUUUUAACUCCUACUUUACUAUCUCAAGUGUGCUAUACAAUGUUACCAUGAUAGAGAUAUUUUUCUAUGAUUCGAAGUCUUAAUCUACGAUCUAUGAUUCAGACUCAAGUAUUUUCCUAAGAUUAGCACAUAUUUAAAUACUCAAGUUUCUUAAAACUAAUAGAUUUUUUCUUUGACAAAUUUUAUGAACUUUUCUUUUAAUUAUUAAUUACUUUGACAGCUUGACUAUCUCUUGCUCGCAAGCAAGAUUUGCUUGUAAUAUAUAAUUUCAAAGUUUUAAUAAGUUUUCUUACGUUGAUGUUAUAUUUUACUCGAGCAAUAUCGAGCAAUCAAAUUAACGAUUAUGUAUGCAACAUUUAACGACUAAAUAUGUAUAUUCUGUAUUUAUGUUUACUCGCUUAAGUGAGGCACAUAAAUAUUAUAUUUUUUAUAAUUACAUGUAUGCAUGAAUUAAACUCAUGACGCUUUGAUAUAA